CCCAGCGGCGGGACAGGGCCAGGAAUGGAGAGAAAUGGAUAUAAAUGGACAGAAAUGAAUAGAAAUGGAUAGAAACGGGCAGGAAUGGGAAGGAGCAGGGUGGGACGGGGCCGGAGGGCAGCGCUGACAUCACCGCGGGCUGGGGGAGCGGCGUGAGCGGGACGGGCGGGACUGCGCCGCUCCUUUCGGCUCGUUUCGGAUAAUUUCAGCCCAUUUCAGCCCGUUUGAGCCCACCUGGCGCCAGCAGGGAUUUUCCCCGGGGUCACAGGCAGCGCCUCCAGAGCGAGCGGAGCGGCGGGGAGCAGAGAGCGCCGACAGAAAGUUACAAACGAGAUCUUUUCGGCUCAUUUCGGACCAUUUGAGCCCAUUUCGGACCAUUUGAGCCCACCUGGGAGCCAUCAAGGAGUUUCCCCCGGGGUCACAGGGAGCGCCUGUCCCUGCAGCGCCUCGGAGCGAGCGGAGCUCGAGGGGAGCGCAGACCGCGGACAGAAAGUUGCAGAUAAGAUCUUUUCGGCUCGUUUCGGCCCAUUUCGGUCCGUUUCAGCCCGUUUGAGCCCACCUGGGAGCCAUCAAGGAGUUUCCCCCGGGGUCACAGGGAGCGCCUGUCCCUGCAGCGCCUCGGAGCGAGCGGAGCUGGACGGGAGUACAGACCACGGACAGAAAGUUGCAAACCAGAUCUUUUCGGCUCAUUUCGGCUCGUUUUGGACCAUUCCGGCUCAUUUCAGCCCAUUUUGACCCGCCUGGGGGCGGCCAGGGAGUUUCCCCGGGGUCUCUCUCCCCCGGAGCGAGCGGAGCUGGAGCGCAGCCCGCGGACAGAAAGUUCAACCCAGACCUUUUCUCUUUGGCGCACGCUGCAAUAGAAGCGUUGGGCUCCUUGCCACGGGACAGCACAACUCCGGCGCUUGCCGCGCGUUUCUGUGAGUUUUCCUCCGGUCGCGGGAGUUUACUCGGAGUUAAAUGAAGAUACCGAGGGGUGAAGCAAGAAAACAGCGCUCGGAGGGUCUGCGAGGAUAUUUUGCCAGCGCUGAAGGGAUGGACCUUUUGAACCUGCAUGGAAAAUGUCCUUUUUGAUACCAAAAGUGGCAAAGGAAAACUUAUGAUUGGAACCUUACAGGAGUUUGAGUUCAGCUGUACUUUUAGCCUUACGUAGACCAUGGAGAGUUUGUUAUCGCUGCUCUGUUGCCAUUAUUCCUUGCUGAUUUUAUUUCAGCAGAAAUACCAGGUGUACGGGAACCAUUCCCAGCUCCCCAAACACCCAGGGUUCAAAGUGCUGGCAUCGGCCUCCCACUACUGGCCCCUGGAAGAUGUGGAUGGGAUCCGGGAGUUCCGCGACACCAACGGAGCUCUAAGAAUCCACAACUUCACUGUGCUUCCUCCCCAUAACUCUACCUUUGUAAAUACCAAUGACUCUGCCUACUCUAACUCCUCUGCAACUGUAGAUAUUGUAGAAGGGAUGGUGAACAAAGGGAUUUACGUGACUGAAAAGAAAGGAGUCACCUUCCUCUUCUUUGGGAGCUACAGAAAUUCCUGCAUCAGUAAUCCAGAGGCUUGUGGGCCUGAAGGGGUAACGUUCUCCUUCUUCUGGAAGACCCAGGACCAGCAGGCCAAGCUCCUCCCUGCCUCUGGGGGCCGGGUGAUCUCCAGCGGCUUCAGAAUCUGCUCCAGCGAGGGCCAGGGCUCCGUGGAGUUCUACACCCGGGGCAGCGCCAUGAUGAGGUGGAAAGCGAGCUUCAGCCCACCAGGUCCCUACUGGACGCACGUGCUGUUCACCUGGCGGUCGCGGGAAGGCCUGAAGGUGUACGUGAACGGCACGCUGAGCACCACGGACCCCGAGGGGAAGGUGUUCUACGACUAUGGGGACGCCAGCCCUGACCUGCUGGGCACGGAGGGAGCGGCCCCGCGCUCGGUCAGCGGCGCCUUCGACGAGUUUGUGAUCUGGGAGAGGGCGCUGAGCCCGCGCGAGGUGCGCCAGUACUUCACUGCCGCCGUGGGUGUGCAAGUCCUGCUCUCCUCAACGCUGCCCUGGUCUGUGAUGACAACCACGACAAGCCCUGUGCUCCCCACGGACGCGUACCAGCCGGUCCUGGCGGCGCUGAGCCAGCACAGGGGCAGCUCCCCCUCGGCCCUGUCCCUGCUGGGGCACCUGCAGAACGUGUCCUGCAGCCUGCCCAGCCAAGCCCUGGCGCAGCCCACGGCGCUGAGCCUGGCACAGGCGUUUUUGAAAGCUAUUGAAGACUUCCUGUUGCUGUCUGACUGGAUUGAUGGACCAGAGAGCCCCGUCGUGCUCAGCAGCCUGAUCCACACCAUCGACACGGUGCUGGCUCACCUGUCCCUGCACCUGGAGGGGAACUCGCUGCCUGUGACCCUCGAGGGCUCCUCGUCCGUGGCAGAUUAUGCUGUGGUCAAAAUGCUCCCUCAGAGCCUGAAUGUGUCCCACUAUCGGUUCCCAUCCCGGGGGCAGAGCUACAUCUCCAUUCCCAGCGAGGCUUUCCAUGGAAAAGGCUGCAUCACCAUCGUGGGCCUGCUCUACCACAGCAUGCAUCACUUCUUUAACAACAUCAGCCCCGAGGACACCAGGAUUGCUGGAGCUGCUGCCCACAGGGGCUCGCUGAUCUCAGCCAGCAGUUUGCUCAUCUCCAUCAAGGUGGAGCCCCUGCCCCAGCUGUCCUACAACCUGUCGGGCUCUCCCCUCAUCACCAUCCAGCUCAGCCACACCCUGACGCCCAGACAAUACAGCCAAGCACUAAAUAAAAGCAACAGAGUUCAUCUUUACUGUGCAUUCCUGGAUUAUAGCAACGGAACCGGGGUCUGGUCCGACGAGGGCUGCGUGAGGCAGAGUGGGGACCUCAACUACUCCGUGUGCCUCUGCAACCACCUCACCAACUUCGCCAUCCUGAUGCAAGUGGUGCCCCUGCAGGUGAGGCUCAGCAGGGCGGGGACUCUGUCUGGUAGAAAUGAACCAGAGGGCUGCAGAGGCCCCGGGGUCACCCCAGGCAGACCGAGAGCCCGUCCAGUGCCCCGGGGCCGUGCUGAGUGUUUCUGUGCCCGCAGGUCUGUCAGCACCAUCCGCAACCAGCGCUACCACAUCCACGCCAACCUGUCGAGCGCCGUGCUGCUGGCCCAGGCCCUGCUGCUGGCCAGCUUCCAGUUCAGCCCCGCAACCCUGCCUUGCAAGAUAUUGGCCAUUCUCCUUCAUUUUUUCUUCCUGAGUGCGUUUGCCUGGAUGCUGGUGGAAGGAUUUCAUCUUUACAGCAUGGUGAUCAAAGUAUUUGGGUCAGAAGAAAGCAAGCACUUAUAUUAUUAUGGAAUUGGAUGGGGCUGCCCACUGGUGAUCUGUGUCAUUUCUGCCUCCUCGUCCCUGGACAGCUAUGGAGAAAGUGGCAACUGCUGGCUCUCCCUGGAGGACGGAGCAAUCUGGGCUUUUGUGGCACCAGCCAUGUUUGUCAUUCUGGUCAACAUCGGCAUUCUCAUCGCUGUCACAAGAGUCAUCUCCAGGAUCAGCGCAGACAACUACAAGGUCCAUGGGGAUGCUAAUGCCUUCAAACUAACAGCUAAAGCCGUGGCUGUUCUCUUACCAAUCCUGGGGAGCUCGUGGAUCUUUGGCAUUUUGGCUGUCAAUGCCCACGCUUUAGUAUUUCAGUACAUAUUUGCUGUUUUUAAUUCACUACAGGGAUUUUUCAUGUUCCUGUUUCACUGUCUUCUGAACUCAGAGGUUAGAGCUGCCUUUAAGCACAAAACCAAGGUCUGGUCCCUCACCAGUAGUUCAACACGCAACAUCAAUGUGAAGCCCUUCAAUUCAGACAUUAUGAGUGGGAACAGGCCAGGCACAACCCCCACCAAGCUGAACACCUGGGAUAAAAGCAGCAAUUCAGCAAACCGCAUUGAUUUAUCAGCAGUGUGACAGGAGCAGCAGCUCCUCAGAGAAAACCAAGCCAUACAUCAGGACCUCCACACCGUGUCCACCAGCUGUUCCUCACUGCCAGUGACAGCACAAAACUGGGGUUUAAAUCACUGCCUAAUGAAUUGGGAAUUGCCAUGUUGUUUUGUUGAGUAAAUAGCCCUCAUUGCUUGCCUUCAGAACUGUAACACGUUCUAGCACUUGGCCAUUAGCAAUAUCUGUAAAAAUGACCAGCACAAAUAUACACUGGAUGGUUUUGUCAGCAAUGAUGAAAACACUAGGUAUGCAAGGAGGGCUUAUUGCUCCCUGAAUCAUUCCAGCUCCCAGAACUGAGGGAAAGCAACAUACCUCUGAAAAGAUGGGUUUUUAUGCUCUAAAAUGAAAUGCUUCCCAUUGUAAUGUUGUAAUGAGACUGUUCCAGAUUUGCUGCGCUCUCUCUGUUUACAUUUUUUACCUUGCAGAAUUAUCAAAGUGAAGUUGAUUCCAAAUACGUAUUAUGGUGUUUAUCUAAAUGCUACAAGGAGGCCAGGACUUGAGGGAGAAGCAGGUUCCAGCUCCCCACUCCCAACGUGGGUGUGGAUGAGCAAAGCUGAUAAACACAUGAGCAGCACCUGUGAGGUGUAAAUCUCCUGGAUGUGGCCUGUUAGUAUUUUAGCUCUUCCUUUUACCAUGUUAUCAUCAGAGGCAAAACUGGCUAUGGUGGUCCUAGAGCAGCCCCCAGCACCUCUCUUGCUGAUCUGUGUCUGUAUUGCCAUACAAAUUAUUCAAUUAUUCCCCUGCUUUGCCUGCAGCUCGGGGCUGCAAUCCACAGCUCUCUGUUGAAUGCAUUUUGCAAACUCACUGUGGCCUCUAGGAGCCAAGAGCUGGCACUGUGACUUACCUUGCUCCUUUUUCUGGUCGUUUUGAGACACUGAACUCCUGCCACGAGGAUGUAACACACUGAUAUACUGUGAAGGCAGCCAGCCUGCAAAUAGCUCUGUGUAUUGUUUCCUGCAGACAGCUUUUAAACAGGGCUCUGCAGUCUCUUUUGUGCUUUCAGACUCUGCUCAGCAUUUAGCAGCUUCUGCUUUAGUACUGCUAUGAAGUACCUUUAAGGAGGAAAUAAACACUGUAAUUUUUAUUCUGAGCAGUGUUUUGUGGGUUUUAGAGUGGUGUUUGGAGCACGGGGCAGGGCCACCCCGGCUGUGCACCAGAGUUUAACCCCUGGCACAGCCCCUGGGGCUGCUCUGGGGUUUAUUCAGCAUCCAGGGUCUCCAGAGGGAUUCCCCAGGUGAGGCCCUCCCCAGGGUGGCUUUGCAGCCACAGCUCCUGUCCCCUUGUGCCUUAGCCCUGCUCGCAGACAUCAGCAGGGAAUUCACUGUCCUGAGCCCCUGGGCUGCCAAAGUACUGCGGAAAAUAUGCAAAAAAAAACCCAAACAGGCAGAAAAUAUGCAACUCUUCAACCUUGACUCUUGCUAAGAUGUUUCAUGCUGGGGUUUUUUAACCUUAAUUAAAUGUUUGUGUAUUCAGCAGCUCAGACCAUUCCUGGUCCCAGUGAAUGUGCUAUUUGUUUCCAAGAGAAAAGGUAUUUACACUCUAAUGUGCAGAGUGGAAAUUUUCUAUUGCAUAGUAAAUUUAUCAAAAAGUUAAAUGAAAGUAAAUUGAUCUUUAACCCACCAAUUAUGGCUGAAUUUAGCCAGGUGUUUAAUCCAAAAGACAUGGAAUUUAAAGUUUAGAAAAACUCAAUGCAUUUAAUUUCUGUUUGAUCCAAACCAAGUUUUGUCCCUGUUUCCUUCCUGCACUAAAAAAUGAUCUCUGUCAGUUUGGUCCAAUCUUUCCUGCCUUUUCCCCUUCCCAGCCAAGACCUGUUGGUGUGAUCCCCAAACUGGAAGCCCAGAGUCAACCCAAGCUUACAGCUCAGAACAUUCUACAGAAAUUAUUUUAGUUGCACCAGGUCUGUGCUGGAUUUCUGCAGCUGGAACACAGCAGAACUGCACAUCACACAUUUAAAUCCACAGGCUUUAAUCUCAUGUUUCCUAGUGCUAAAUAACUCCAGUGGUUGACAGCUAACUCCAAACAGAGGCUCAGUAAAAGCUAAAUAUGCAGAUGGCAGUGUCUUUAUUUUGGCUUUUCUGUAUGGUUUUCUCCUAGCCUUUUCUGCACUGCUCUGUCUUACAGCUGUGCAAAUAUAUGGGCUUUUCUUGGCCUGAAAAGGAUUUUUUUCCCCCAAAAGACCCUGUAGACAGAGCCCUUGGAAUGUACAGAGGAGAUGGAAUAGAGGAGUACUGUGAUAACAGUGGUCAGAGUUUGUGUUGUGUGCAGACAAUGUAUUUAAGCAUAUUUUUAUACUGGACCAUAUGAGUUCUUUUGGCUUUGGUUUGUUUCUUUGGUUUGCUUUUGGUUGUUUUACACUGUGACCACAAAUGCAGAUUGAAACCCUCCUUGAUAAUUUUCUAAUCAUUGUAUUAUAGCACAAAGUUCUGUGAAUGAACCAGACAACAUAUAAAAGCUUUUUUUUUUUUAAUUUAAGCCUAAUUUUUAAGAGUAUUCCCCUCUGCACAAUUUUUAUGACCUACAUUUCCUCCUGUGCUGUAUUGGUCAUUUUGUGACCACCCUGUGUCCAUUUGGAAAAAUCCCCAAACAGGAGACACAGCAGUGGUACAAAGGGCUACAUCAGGUUUUCAUCCAGGUGUUCUCUGGUUUAAAAUUGUUCACCAAAACUAAGACAGGCAUGAAAAGGUGUUUGUUUUAUACUCUUGAAUGGGACAGGGCAUUGUGGUGAGGGAGCCCUGGUCACCCUCCCCAGUGUCUCCAUUAAGACAAACAUGAAAAUGUGUUUGGUUUUAUACUCUUGAAUGGGACAGGGCAGUGUGGUGAGGGAGCCCUGGUCACCCCCUGUGUCCCUGGGUCCUCCCUGGCUGCAGGGGCUGGAAAUGAAGCAGUUUUCUCUUGUUCUUGGCCCCUGAGGUUUGGAGCACUGAAUUUCUCACACAGCAUCGGGGAUGGGGCUUCUCCUGGUUUUGAUAAACUGGUGAAAAUCCCCACCAAGCACAAAUGUGUUCCCUUGCCAUGGAUAUCCAUUCUUUUUGUUUGAUUCAAAGUGUUUUUCUUGGUACUGAAUGCAGCAAAUGUACUGAAUAAGAAAUGCUCAAAUGAAUCUUUAAACAAUCUCUUUCUGUCCUCAGUCUCUUGAAGCUUGAAAAUCUUGCAGUUUAUUUAUGGGCUUGUAUAUAGCAGCUAUUACAAUAUUUUUUUUUGGACAGCAUCAUUUUGUCAACAGUAUGAAAUCUUAAUUGAAUGAAAUGUGAGUUUUAAAAAUAGGUAAUGUAGCAAGAAUGACUUUGCCAGUAAUUAGUAAAAUAAUUUCGUUUUGUUGUUUUUUUC